GAACGAAAAAACUAGAGAAAACUGCAGUAUUAAGAGUUCUAUUUCAUAUAAAUUCGCAAAUACUAUUACUGAUUUAAUAAUUACAACUGAAGGCAUUUACUUAUUUAAAAUAUAUGGCAAUGGAACACUACAACGUAGAACGUGAUUGGAUUGAGUUCAUCGAAGAUCAUGAAAAUGAAGAAGUAUUCGUUACCACUGAAGAUCAAUUCACUGGACUAUCUUACUUCGCUAAUCCCCGACUUUAUGUUGGGUUCCAUUUAAAUGAUGGUAUUAAAAAGUUGCUAUCAAUGUCAAGAAGAGAGUUGGAGGAGUACAACGUAGGUGAGGCUUUGAAGGAUCUUUGUAUGACGGACCAAUGGAACACAUGCUUUCAACAUGAAAACGCAGACGUUCAAAAUGAAAGUAUAAUUGUAAUUUUAAAGUUGGCUAACAAAAUAUUCAAUUCUUCCCUGCGUACUUCGGAAACUAAUGAUGAAUCAUCCAUUGAAUUUAUCGAUAUUUAUGACGUUGAGGGAAUUAUAUACGGCAUCGUUGGCCAAGCUUUGCGCAAAACACUAAUGAAGGGUAAACAGUUCGUCAGUUAUAUGGUUAACCAUCAACGACUUGUUACGUUACUAAUGCCCCUGGUCAGAUCUAAUCAAUCAAGGAAGUUUCAGAAGACAAUAAUUCAUGUAAUUUUUUUUAUCGCUGAGCAUAAUAUUUCUGUGUCAAAUGAAGUGGAUGAAAAUAUGGCAGUCUUAUUUAAAUCAUUGCUAAUUUAUGUGGACAAAGAGGUGGCUCUGUAUAUUCUAGAAAUUGUUGGUAAUUUUCUUAGCAAGCCACGUGUUUUAUUGACAAUAGUCAAAAUUGGUUUAAUGAGUGACGUUAUUCUACUUUUCGCACAUAGAACGAAUGUAGUCAAAGUCAAGGCGUUAAAACUUAUUGCAAAAGUUACUGCUAAUAAAUAUGUUCAAGUAUAUCCGGAGUUGCUUCACAUCCCCAUUGCCUACGCUUAUAAGUUACUGGUGCAUCCACAUAAAGAGAUGCGCAAGUACUCCUUUUGCAUUCUAUUGAAUUUAACUUCUCUCAACAAUGGAGUUGUCGGAGCUAUUGUCGGUACCUGUCUAAUACCACAAAUUCUGAAAGGACUUAAUCAAUAUAUUGUACCGGUUAAACAUCUUGCAGCUCGAGUUCUAUAUAAUGUAACACGUUAUGGUGGCGAAGCUGAUACGAUUUUGCUAAUUGAGCAGAACCAUAUUAUGGAAGAAUUGUGUCACUUAUUAUCGUCGAAGGAUAACGAGCUAGUAUAUAUACUGUUAAAGGUGUUGGAGAAUAUGUUGAGCAAAUGUAUAUACGAAACAAGCUUCGAUUUGGAAAGGUUCAAUGGAUUUGAAGAACUGUAUCGCCUUCAACGUAUAAACGACCAGCGUAUCACGUCCAUCGUUAAUUUUAUUUUUGAACAUUACUUUUACAACUUUUGGUGGGAUUCCCAUAUCUGAUUUCUCAUCAUUGUUUAAUAUAAAGACGCUUUUUCGAAAUCAAAUUUGGAGAAAAAUAACUUUCGCUAAUUACGAAAAUUUUUCUUAAAAACUAUUCAAAAUUUUUAUUGCAAAUUUUUUCUGUUGCAUAAAAUCUUUUGUGAAGAAUUCAUG